ACGCUACCCUUUCACCUCCCGGCAGUUGGCUAACGUGGGUGCGAGACCCGGCUGCACCGUCCCGGUGAGUUGGGCACGCGGGGCCGGCGAAGGUGCGCUUCGCGGCGCGGCUCAGCCUUUCCCGGGAAGGAGCGAUGGGGCGCGCGGGCGCCGGGGAGCGGGCGCCGGUGUAGAGCGCGCGGUGCCCGGCCCGGGAGCGCGGCGGCGUGCGCGGGGAGGCCUGUGAAGGCCGCCGCCCGGAGCGCCCGGCCUCCGGCGCCAUGGCCCCCAUGGGCAUCCGCCUGUCCCCGCUGGGGGUGGCCGUGUUCUGCUUGCUGGGGCUCGGCGUGCUCUACCACCUCUACUCGGGCUUCCUGGCCGGCCGCUUCAGCCUCUUCGGCCUGGGCGGCGAGCCGGGGGGCGGCCCGGCGGGCCCGGUGGCCGCGGCCGACGGCGGCACCGUGGACCUGCGCGAGAUGCUGGCCGUGUCGGUGCUGGCCGCCGUCCGCGGGGGCGACGAAGUGAGGCGCGUCCGCGAGAGCAACGUCCUCCACGAGAAGUCCAAGGGGAAGACGCGCGAGGGAGCCGACGACAAGAUGACCAGCGGGGACGUGCUGUCCAACCGCAAGAUGUUCUACCUGCUCAAGACCGCCUUCCCGAACGUGCAGAUAAAUACAGAAGAACAUGUGGAUGCAACGGAUCAGGAGGUUAUCUUAUGGGAUCGUAAAAUUCCUGAGGACAUCCUGAAGGAAAUAGCCACCCCCAAGGAGGUGCCAGCAGAAAGUGUUACUGUCUGGAUCGACCCACUUGAUGCUACACAGGAGUAUACGGAGGAUCUUCGAAAGUAUGUCACUACUAUGGUUUGUGUGGCUGUAUAUGGUAAACCUGUCCUAGGAGUAAUACAUAAGCCAUUUUCUGAAUAUACAGCUUGGGCAAUGGUAGAUGGUGGGUCGAAUGUGAAAGCCCGCUCUUCCUACAAUGAGAAGACCCCAAGGAUUGUUGUAUCUCGCUCCCAUUCAGGAAUGGUCAAACAGGUUGCUCUUCAGACUUUUGGAAACCAGACUACAAUUAUCCCGGCUGGUGGUGCUGGUUAUAAAGUUUUAGCACUCUUGGAUGUGCCUGAUAAGAAUCAAGAAAAAGCUGAUGUAUACAUUCAUGUGACAUACAUCAAAAAGUGGGAUAUAUGUGCUGGCAAUGCCAUCUUAAAAGCCCUCGGGGGACAUAUGACUACCCUGAGUGGUGAAGAAAUCAGUUACACUGGUUCUGAUGGCAUUGACGGUGGGCUCCUGGCUAGCAUCCGAAUGAACCACCAAGCUCUGGUCAAAAAACUCCCAGAUCUAGAGAAGACGGGACAUAAAUAAGCAAAGUUGAUUAUAGAUGACAGCUCUUCCAGAGCUGCAUGGUCAGCCUGAAAUUUGGAGGCUUCAAAUGAUCGGUGGAGACUCUGCAUGGUUAAGGCCAUCCCGAACUUUUUAAAGUAUUUAUGAAGCAUCAGAGACUUAUUUUCCCUGUAAUAGGAUACAAGAUCAGGGGAGAUGGGUUGCUUCGUGUCUCAAGUAUUGUCUUUAUUUUUGAGACUAUUUUCGUACAGUUGUCAUACACAAGGCGUGCAGGUGUGUGUGGGUGUGUGUGUGUACGCGCGCGUGAAUUAAAAUCUAUAGCUGAGUCUACAUUGUUAUGAGUCACCAUUUUCACACAACAUCAUGAAUCUUCACUGUUAGUACUUUGAUGUAAAAUUGGGCUGAAGAAAGGAUUGAUUUCCUAUAGAUGUUUAAUAUUACUUUUUACUUAUAUCUCAUUAAAACAAAGUAUGUUGGGGUUUUUACCCUUAAUUCAGAUGGAAAGCACAAGAAGCCACAUGUUCAUUAAUAUGCAACAAAUGUUCUAUUUAUCUGUUCCUGAAUAUUAUGGGUUAAAUAGAAUAAGGUUAAAUUGUUUUUUUCUUUGAAAUUUUAAUAACAGGUUCACCAGCAAGUAGAGAAUAUAGAUACAUGGUGGUUGCUUGUAACUUCUUUGUGUGUGUGCUUUGUUUCUACAAAGAAAAAUGUGUUUGUACCCAGGGGUUCAGCUUUCCUGGCGUCUUGCUGUUGAUUUUCAUUUGCCCUAUAGACAGUGCAUGAUUUCAUUCAUUCCCUCAUGAACACUUUAGUCUUUUACGUGUAAGGUUUGGAUUAAGAUUUCAGGGAUAGCAUUAGCAUUUUAGCAUAUUUUUUCAUUAGGGACAAAAUAUGCUAUAAGGCACUACAAAAAUGGAAACAGUACUACUAUUAAUUGAAAGUUAAUUUGACACUAUAUGAAUUGAGCUAGCUUUCAUUAUUUUCAAAAGCUUUGUUUAAGUACUUUUAAAAAUAUUAGACAGGUUUGUAUAUAGGGAUUCUCUCAUUGAGAAUGAGUCAUGGUUGCUCUUACCAUUAAUAAAUGGGUCUAACUUUACCAAACUCUCAAAGUAGUAAAUUCUGGGAUAUUUUAUGGUUGUCCUUCAGAUUAAAAUAAUGAAGGUUGACGUUAAUAUUUGAAGCAUUAUUUUUCUAUUCAGCAUGAGAAAUCUGGUUGGAAGAAAGGUGGCAUAUUCACUGUAUCACUAAUUGCAACCUUGCUUUGUGAAAUGUCAUUGGGAUGUCUGAUUUCUCUCAUUGUGAUGUCUGAAAACUUUAUGUAUGCAAACAAUACCAUUAUUUCACGUGA